CUUUACGAAGGAACUGCCAUUGUUUUUUUUUUUUUUUUUUACAGGAAAGCAUGCAUCAGAGCCCUUCAGUUAUGUCUGAUAGCCCGUACGUGGGGAUCGACAAGUUUCUCUCUAUUAUUGUCUAUACGUGCAAUGCCCCGCCGCUCGCAGAAGCAAGACGGCGGUUGCUUCACCACCGGCGCCGGGAACUCUCCAUUACGACCCGACUCCCCAUUUCUCUUACACCCUCAUCUUCUUCAUCUCCUCUUUCCUCCUUAAUAACCCAUCCUGUAUUGCGUAGGCGCGGCAUUCCAUUUCCAAUGGCCGCAACGCUUCUUCCGUCUACCAAAAUUCCUCCCCCUUGGCUGCCCGUCUCAUCUGAACGCCGCUAUCCAAUUUAUUUACCAAAACUUAUCAAUAACAAUGGACCCAUAUGCUCCACCCCCAAAUUUAGGCCUCCGAAAGCAUUUAUGAGCUCAUCUUCUUUAAACAAUGCCGUCGAUUCUAAUUUCGAGGCUUCCUCUCUCCGCGAGAUCUGUAAUGGAUAUGUUCCCGAUCAUAUAUUGGACAGAGCUGAGGAAAUUGGAUUUGUUGCCCCAACUGGUGUGCAGAGGCAAGCUCUUCCAGUUCUGUUUUCUGGUCGGGAUUGCGUGCUUCAUGCGCAGACAGGUUCUGGGAAGACGCUGACAUAUUUGCUAUUGAUAUUUUCUGUAAUCAACGCUCAGAAGUCAGCUGUGCAAGCACUGAUUGUAGUACCCACCCGGGAGCUUGGAAUUCAAGUUACUAAAGUUGCUAGGAUGUUAGCUGCAAAGCCUGCAACGGCGGAUGAAGUUGGGCAGAAAUCUUAUGUUGUCAUGGCUCUUUUAGAUGGAGGCUUGUUGAGAAGACACAAGACUUGGUUGAAGGCAGAUCCCCCUUGUAUACUGGUGGCAACAGUAGGAAGCUUGUGUCAAAUGGUUGAGAGGCGAUUUCUUGAUCUCGCCUCACUAAAGGUGCUGAUAAUUGACGAGGUUGAUUUCAUGUUUAGUUCCUCAAAGCAAGUUAGUUCUCUGAAGAAAAUCUUGACAUCAUAUUCUAUGUUCAGUAAUCGUCAGACUGUGUUUGCAAGUGCAUCAAUUCCCCAGCACAGGCAUUUUCUUCAGGAAUGCAUACAGCAGAAGUGGACAAAGAAUAAUAUAAUCCAUGUUCAUAUUAACGCAGUUCAGCCCAUGCCAUCGUGUCUGCUCCAUAGAUUUGUGAUGUGUGACAAGAACAAAAAACACCAAACCUUCCUGAGUGUACUACUCACAGAUAAACCUCAGUCUGCAAUCAUUUUUGUCAGUGAGCAGUCAGAGAGGUCAAAGAAGGCUGGAAAGAUUCCACCAGCAACCUUGAUGAUUGAUUUCUUAAAGACUUCAUAUGAUGGUUGUUCUGAUGUCGUCCUUCUCGACGAAGACGUAAAUUUCAAUUCACGAGCAGCUUCCCUAUCGGAAGUGAGACAAGGAGGAAGUUAUCUUAUUGUAGCAACUGACUUAGUGGCCAGGGGAAUCGACUUACCCGAAACGACUCAUAUAUACAACUUUGAUCUACCUCGAACUGCCAUCGACUAUCUUCAUCGAGCUGGACGAACAGGUAGGAAACCGUUUUCCGAGGAGAAAUGUAUGGUUACUAAUCUUAUAACCUCAGUAGAGAGAUUUGUUCUGCAAAAGUUUGAAAAUGAACUACUGUUUACCUGUGAUGAACUUGUUGUUUAGAUUGUGAAUUUCUUCAACCUCAACAUAUAUAUGAUGCUGACCUGAGUUGAUAUCUCA